CUUAAGGGAGAAAAAAUUGAAGGAAAAAACCAAGAAAGAAAGCCUUUUUCCUUGGAGGUCUUGUUCCUGAUCCUGAUUCUGAAGCAAGCAAAGCAUGUCCUGAAUUUGCAUUGCAAAACCAUGUUUUCAGAUCUGAAUUGUGAUCUAAUAAUUAUUGCAUGCAGAGGCUUCUCAUAGCUCAAAAAUCUUGUGCCUUGUACUUGCACAGAAUAAGUCCCUACGCCGGAGAAGACAGUGGUUGACGACGGCGGUCAUGGCGGCGCUACGACCAGGGUGUUGGGUCGGCUUCGUCUCGUCCUCAGGAACUCAGUGGUGGUGGUCUCGUGGGCUGGGUCGUCACAGUUGAAGAGAAAAGUACACAUUAUGGCAAGCCCAGGUGAUCAAAAGAAAUCUGAAUGGAUAGAUAGAAUACAGUCUGAAGGAGCUGUGCCACUUCUUGAUCCAGAUAACUGUUCAAAUGGUUGGGCUACACCUCCUGGAGCUGCAUUCAUGGUUAGAGGUCCUGAGUAUUUCACCUCAAAGGUUAAGAUUCCUGCCGGUGAUUAUUUGCUCAAGCCUCUUGGAUUUGAUUGGAUCACUAGUUCAGUGAAAAUCUGUGACUUACUGAACCAUCCAAAUAGUAGAGUAAGGAAGGUGAUUGAUGAUGAGUUUCCAGAAGGUGAUAAUAAGCCUUUUGUGUGGGCAUUCAAUCUUCAACUCCCUACCAAGGAUAACUACAGUGCAGUGGCAUAUUUCACAACAGAAGAGCCUUUUGCUGAAGGGUCUCUAAUGGACAGGUUCUUGAAAGGUGACGAUGCUUUCAGAAACUCAAGGCUUAAGAUGAUUGCCAACAUUGUUAACGGUCCUUGGAUCGUGAGAAAAGCAGUUGGGGAGCAAGCAAUAUGCAUAAUCGGGCGCCCCCUUUCCUGUAAAUACAGCGUGGCAGAGAAUUUCAUAGAAGUAGAUAUUGAUAUUGGCUCUUCCAUGGUUGCAGCUGCAAUAGUUCAUUUGGCAUUUGGGUACAUAUCAACUUUGACAGUUGAUCUAGCUUUUCUUAUUGAGAGCCAAACUGAAUCAGAGCUUCCGGAAAAACUCUUGGGUGCAUUCAGGUUCUCUAACCUCGAUCCUGCUUCAGCUAGAACAAUCGAGCCAUCAUCUGUUUGGAGCAGUAAUAGUUUACGUAAAUCUUUACCAGAAAGAUUGUGGAACUCAAUUGGGCAGAUUCUACUUUCAGGUUCUCAAGAAGAUGGCUCUGCUUCUAGCUCACCAAAUAAUAAAAUUGCAGUACAUCACAAAGAUUAUUCAACUGACUCCAAGAACUGAUGAGUGUUUAGAGUUUUGUCUGUUAGGAUGAUAAAGCUCACCCUGUGCCAACCAUUACUUCUCCACAUUUGGGUUCAACCAUGAAUAUGUUUGGAUGCAAACUAAAAAACACUUACUGAAGCUUAUUUAGUGUUUUUUUUUCUAAUAGACAAACUCCAAUACAUUAGUAUCCAAACAGGCUCAAUGUUUUAUUAAGAGUAUAACAGAAGAGAGCAAAGAAAUGGAAACCAAUUUGGUUUCUGGUUAGAUUGCUUGUAUUUAAGUAAAUAUUAUGAUAUUUCUUUGUAGGCCUGUAACCCAAAAGCAAUUAGCAUUCUGUCUUUCUUACUAACUUAUCUUGAUUGCAAUCUACCCAAAAAACUUAUCAUGAUGGCUUGAUCUUUUUCUUGAAUAUAUUGGAAUGGGAAAAUACCUUGUUGUUAAGAAUCAUACACAUGGAAUAUUAAGUUAAGCAAAUUGCGAGGACAGCUCACUUCAAUUCAAAAUUUCAAGCAGGAACUGCAUAUAUGGGGCUUAUCUGGCAAAGGAUUAAAUCUGGACUUUACAGCCAUAUAGAAAAAAAUUAAGAUUAUUUUAUUUCAAUCUAUUGUUGAUUCCUUUCUUAAUAGAAUACACACAUUGGUUAACUCAUAACUUUUUCAUCAGAUUUUGCUUUUAGGGACAUCAAGUUUUUUUUUUUGUUACAUUUUAGGGACAUCAACUUGGUCCUUCACAAGAUGUCAGACAUUGAUUUGAUACACAUCAAUGGAGA